UAUAGGGGACAUAUAUGUAUACAGCGGAUUUGCUUAUUUGGAUAGUGAUAGCAGUUCAGUCUAAACGGCUAAACUAUAUGGAUAAUAUAGAUAAAAGUACCGAGUUUUCAUCUUUGUAUUCUUCUUUUUUUUAGAGUUUCAUUUUUAAAGUUUCAUUUUCCUGUUCUGGGACAUCAUUUGCUUUCUAGUCAGCAACAGAGACCAUACUAUCAGGACCAGUGUCAUGAACUAAACCUGAACUGAAUCUGCGUAGUCGUGGGGAAAUAUUUUUCUUUCCUUGUGCUGACCAGUCUGUUUGGAAGGAGAUAUCUAAUAUUGAAAAAUAAAAAAUGGAUAAAAACCUUGAAAGCCUGCUUCCAGGAUUUCCAUGGGAAAAAUAUGAGAAAUCCAAUGGGAAAAAAGGAAGAAUUAGCUUGAAGAAAAGAAAGAGAUUUGCGGAUGAUAAAAAUGAGAACAACCUCUGGCGUGUAAAAUGUGGAACCAAAAUGGGCAUCUUGCAUAAAGAGAAGAUGAGCAAAGGUGAGGCAUGUAUUGAGCGUAAAGGCUCCUUUUACACUCCACCUGAGUUUGAGAAGCUUGCAGGAAAAGAGCCAUGUAGAAAAUGGAAGUCAUCUAUUUGCCACAAAGGAAAAACUCUACGCUUUUGGUUCAAGAAAGGUGAGCUAACCACUACCGGAUAUAGACAAAAGAAAAGAAAACAACAAUCAUCAGACCUUGAGUCCCACGAACUCUCAACAGAACCCAAGGAAGAUCGUGAUGAAGAUGAAGAUGAUGAUGGAGAAGAGGAUGAUGAUGAUAUGGAUGAAGAUAAUGAGCCUGACACUAAGAAAAACAAAGAUGAAGAUGCUACACCGAUUUAUAUCUCUUCUGAAGAAGAAGAAAGCGAGGAAGAUCUUGUUGAAGAUGAAGAUGAGGAUAUGGAUGAAGAUGAUGUUGGUGACGAUCAGCGUAGCACUGAGGAAGAUGAGGAUGAAGAAGAUGAUAAUGAUGAGGAAGAGACUGUGCCUGCUGUUGCCUCUAACAAUACUGACAGCAAAGAGAGAGUAACAGCUACAAUUCCAACACCUGGAAAACAUGCAUUAGAGAUGAAAGAGCAGAAAACUAGACGUCGUCCUGACAUGCCAAGAUCUGAAGUCAGUGGAAAUAAGAGAGAUGUGGCAAAGAACACAGCAAUCAAACUGCAAAAUGUUAAGAAAGAACCUCAAGACAAACUGAAGAAGACAACAAGCAGCACAAUUUCAACACCUGUGAAACCUGCACUAAAGAUCAAAGAAGUAAAGGGUGUCGUUAAUAGCCUUCCUGAGAAGACUAGACAUCAUUCUGAGAUUGCAAGAUCUGAAGUCCGUGGACAUAACAGAGAUGUGGCAACAAACACAGCAAUCAAACUGCAAAAUGUUAAGAAAGAACCUGAAGACAAACUGAGUCCUUCCUGUGAACCUCUGGCUGUGUCAGAUCAGCAAGAGCAUAAAGCUGUUCACUGCUCUGGCCACAAAGUAGCUGAUUUACAAUCCAUGAGGCCAGAAGGGGUGCGGACAUAA